AUGGGGCGAUUUGCGGCUCUUUCGGUGGUGCUACUGGCUGCUACGAUGAGUUUCAGUCUGCAAGCAAAACUGGCCAAUGCAACUGGUCAAGUGGGGAAUAAGUUGCAGAGCAAUGUGCCGGCGCAAGUUCAGAAUUCCGGUCAGAAUCAGGCGGGAAGUUUGGUGAGUUCAAAUGAUACAGCACCGAAUAAUCGCUCAAGUGAAUUGCCGACUGAUCUUGCAUCCGCCAUCGCAUCACCUUUAUUGGAUUACGAAGAGGAUGUGGAGUUGUCGAAUCCUCUCCCUCCAUGUCGUUCAACACACGAGAUUCUACGCAUUCGUCCAGAUCGACCAUUCAUUUUCAAACCUCAAUCAGCAGAUCAUAUGGUUCGGAUACCAACGGAGAGCGAAACGAUGGAGUGGGUUCUUAGUAUGUGA